CUUGAAAAAAAAAAAAUUUAUAAAAAAGUUCUCGAAGAAAGUCCCAAAUGGAUUUUUACCUUGGGAGACAGUUAUCGUUCAUCCUGAACGUAUAUUAUCGCCUUAUAUUACUCCAGGAGCCUUCCCCCCCCCUGCCUCUUCUUUGUUUCUCUCCCUCUCUAUCCCCCUACACCUCUCUAUCUUUCUUGAAACCACCUGUACCUGGAAAUCAACCUCAUUCAAUAUGGCCCCUGUUACUACAAAUGACUUUCCUGCGAGCGAUGUCAACAGCUACGACUAUGUGAUCGUUGGAGGAGGUACUGCUGGCUGCGUGAUCGCCAGUCGCCUGGCUGAAUACCUGCCUAACAAGCGUAUUCUGGUCGUCGAAGGUGGUCCCAGUGACUACAUGAAUGACCGAGUUCUCAAUCUGAGAGAGUGGCUCAAUCUGCUGGGAGGCGAGCUGGACUACGACUACCCGACUACUGAGCAGCCCAUGGGUAACAGCCAUAUCCGCCAUUCUCGCGCCAAAGUCCUGGGCGGUUGCUCCAGCCACAAUACCUUGAUCUCUUUCCGCCCCUUCGAGUACGAUUGCAAGAGGUGGGAGCAGCAAGGAUGCAAAGGAUGGUCGUUCGAGACAUUUACCCGCGUGCUGGAUGGCUUGCGCAACACCGUCCAGCCUGUUCAUGAGCGCCAUCGGAAUCAACUGUGCAAGGACUGGGUGCAGUCUUGCUCCACCGCGAUGAACAUCCCCAUUAUCCCCGAUUUUAACCAGGAAAUCCGCUCCCAGGGUGAAUUAACCGAGGGAGUGGGUUUCUUCUCCGUUGCUUAUAACCCAGAUGAUUGCCGUCGUAGCAGCGCCAGUGUAGCAUACAUUCAUCCCAUUAUCCGUGGUGACGAGAAGCGUCCUAAUUUGACCAUUCUCACCAAUGCUUGGGUAUCCCGUGUGAACGUGGAGGGUGAGACUGUUACUGGAGUCGAUAUUACUCUGCAGUCCGGCGUCCAGCAUACUCUGCGGGCAAAGAAGGAGACGAUCCUCUGCGCAGGUGCCAUAGAUACUCCCCGUCUCAUGCUCCUCUCCGGUCUAGGGCCCCAGAAGCAGCUGGCCUCUCUGGGAAUCCCUGUGGUGAAGGACAUCCCCGGCAUGGGUGAGAACUUGCUUGACCACCCCGAGAGUAUCAUCAUCUGGGAGUUGAACCAGCCUGUUCCUCCCAACCAGACCACCAUGGACUCCGACGCAGGCAUCUUCCUGCGCCGUGAAAUCCCCAACGCCGCGGGCACCGAUGGCCGCGCUGCCGAUAUCAUGAUGCACUGCUACCAGAUUCCAUUCUGCGUCAACACCGAGCGCCUGGGCUACGACACCCCCGUUAAUGCUUUCUGCAUGACUCCCAACAUCCCGCGUCCUCGCUCACGCGGACGUGUUUACCUCACCUCCGCGGACCCCACCGUCAAGCCGGCUCUGGACUUCCGCUACUUCACCGACCCAGAAGGCUACGACGCGGCCACCAUCGUCGCCGGGUUCAAGGCCGCGCGUGAGAUCGCCAAGCAGUCUCCCUUCAAGGAAUGGAUCAAGCGCGAGGUCGCUCCCGGUCCCAAGGUGCAAACCGACGAGGAGCUGUCCGAGUACGGCCGCCGGGUUGCGCAUACCGUGUAUCACCCUGCCGGAACCACCAAGAUGGGAGACGUCACGCGCGAUCCAAUGGCUGUGGUAGACCCGCAGCUAAAAGUUCGCGGCCUGAAGAACGUGCGUAUCGCCGAUGCCGGUGUCUUCCCGGAGAUGACCAGCAUCAACCCCAUGUUGACCAUUCUGGCGAUCGGCGAGCGUGCCGCGGAGCUGAUUGCUGAAGAAGCGGGCUGGAAGCGUGAACAGCCUAAACUGUAAUUUUUUUUUUUUUUUCUUUAUAUAUAUCACAAACAGGUAUCCCAACUCCUAGCAUUUUUUUUUUAAAAAAAAAAAAAGAGUAGUCUAGUCAAGGGAAACGAUAUACAACACCACAAUAACAAGCACUGAAUGAUUGAUUGCGAUUUAGGGAAACAUGUGACAAUUGAUUUGAUAUGAUUUUCUCUUUGUCUCUCUUUGGCAUUGGAAAUAUUAUAGCUUUCUGGACGGAUGUAUGUACAGAGAGAAUCAUAUUAUAUAGGUGCACAGCACAAUAGAGACAGACAUUCUAGAACUUCAGUCACACAUCAA